GGCAAAAGCCAAUUCGAAUUCCGCAUUUGUGUAUUUUGUUUACUUUGUGAAUAUUUUAUAACAUUUAGAAAGAAAUUGAAAAUUAAAUCAUUAUUUCUGUAUAAUUAUAAAACUUAAAAAUGACCGACACAGAAACUUACGGAAAAUAUGAUCAAGUUCUUGCUUCAAUCUUAGAAGAAGAAAAAUCAAUACUCGGUUUCCUCUCCUCUAUAUUUGGGUUUCUUGCGAGAAGGACUGACUUUUACUAUGUGCCAAAAGGCCCAUAUGAAAACAUGGGGUUUCCGCCAGGCGUUGCCGAAGAACUAGUCAUAAAAGUGUUACGGAAAUGUGACCCAAAAACUUGGUAUACAGAUGAUGAAUUGGCCCAAAAUGAUAUACACAAUGAAAUCAUGUGUUCAACAGUAGCACAGGAAGUAGAAGUGGUUGAUGAGAGUGAAACAAAUGAAAAUGUAGAAGCAACUCAAAGUUCUUCAGAAGAAAAACCUCAGGAAACUUCAAGUCCAGAAAAUAAACAGAAAUCCAUAUUCCCUGAAGAUUAUGAACCCCCGGUUAUACCUGUGCAGAAUAGUGAAUCUUAUAAUGGAGCAGUGAGAGAAAAAUACACUUGGUCUCAGACUAUAAUGGAUUUAGAUGUAAUUGUUAACCUUCCACCAACUGUAAUGUCUUCAAAAGAUUUAAGAGUGACAAUUAAUUCAAGUGAUCUUACAAUUAUGAGCCGACCCAAUGAUAUUAUAAUCAAAGAUGCAUUCCCAUACAAAAUUAAAGCUAUUGACAGUUUCUGGAGUAUCAGUGAAGGAAGACUCUUACUACACUUAGAAAAAGUUCAAGAACGCUGGUGGGACAGGCUGCUUCAGAGUGAGGAACCAAUAAAUUUAGACAAAAUCGACUGCUCAAGACCCCUUAAUGAAUUGCCAGAAGACCACAUUGAUAAGGUCAGAGAAUUACAAUGGAAUCAAGAACAGAAAAUGAAGGGUCUGCCUACAAGUGAUGAAAUCCGAAAUAUAGAGAUAUUGAAGAAGGCCUGGAAUUCUCCUGGUUCACCAUUCAUAGGACAAGAAUUUGAUCCUAGUGUACUCUCAAAUAAAAUUUAAAUUUAUUAAAAUUA